AUGGAGGAACACACAGUGACCCAGACUGAACACAUGGCUACCAUAGAAGCCCAUGCCGUGGCCCAGCAAGUCCAACAGGUCCAUGUGGCCACCUACACUGAACACAGCAUGCUGAGUGCUGAUGAAGACUCCCCUUCUUCUCCCGAGGACACUUCUUAUGAUGAUUCAGAUAUUCUCAACUCGACGGCUGCUGAUGAGGUGACAGCCCAUCUAGCUGCAGCAGGCCCUGUGGGAAUGGCGGCGGCUGCUGCUGUGGCAACAGGAAAGAAAAGGAAACGACCUCACGUGUUUGAGUCUAAUCCCUCGAUCCGGAAGAGACAGCAGACGCGCUUGCUUCGAAAGCUCCGAGCCACGUUAGAUGAAUACACUACUCGAGUGGGACAGCAAGCCAUUGUCCUCUGCAUUUCUCCCUCCAAACCGAACCCUGUCUUCAAAGUGUUUGGCGCAGCACCUUUGGAGAAUGUGGUGCGUAAGUACAAGAACAUGAUUCUGGAAGACCUGGAGUCGGCCCUAGCUGAACACGCCCCCGCGCCACAGGAGGUUAACUCCGAGCUGCCGCCUCUCACCAUCGACGGAAUCCCAGUCUCUGUGGACAAAAUGACCCAGGCCCAGCUUCGGGCAUUUAUCCCAGAGAUGCUCAAGUACUCCACGGGUCGAGGAAAGCCAGGCUGGGGGAAAGAAAGCUGCAAGCCCAUCUGGUGGCCCGAAGACAUUCCCUGGGCAAAUGUCCGGAGCGACGUUCGCACAGAAGAGCAGAAGCAGAGGGUUUCAUGGACGCAAGCUCUACGGACCAUAGUUAAGAACUGUUACAAGCAGCACGGGCGAGAAGACCUUUUGUAUGCUUUCGAAGAUCAGCAGACACAAACACAGGCCACAGCAACGCACAGCAUAGCCCACCUUGUACCUUCACAGACUGUCGUGCAGACCUUUAGCAACCCCGAUGGCACUGUCUCGCUUAUUCAGGUUGGUACAGGGGCAACAGUAGCCACAUUGGCUGAUGCUUCUGAGCUGCCAACCACAGUCACUGUUGCCCAGGUGAAUUACUCCGCUGUGGCCGACGGAGAGGUGGAACAAAAUUGGGCCGCGUUACAGGGAAGUGAGAUGACCAUCCAAACGACGCAAGCUUCCGAGGCCACUCAGGCAGUGGCAUCCCUGGCAGAGGCUGCCGUGGCCGCUUCUCAGGAGAUGCAGCAGGGAGCCACGGUCACCAUGGCGCUCAACAGUGAAGCUGCCGCCCAUGCCGUUGCCACGCUGGCUGAGGCCACCUUACAAGGGGGGGGACAGAUCGUCCUGUCUGGGGAAACCGCAGCAGCUGUUGGAGCACUUACUGGAGUCCAAGAUGCUAAUGGACUGGUCCAGAUCCCCGUGAGCAUGUACCAGACCGUGGUGACCAGCCUCGCCCAGGGCAAUGGGCCCGUGCAGGUGGCCAUGGCCCCUGUGACCACCAGGAUAUCGGACAGCGCCGUCACCAUGGAUGGCCAGGCCGUGGAGGUGGUGACGUUGGAAUAG